AUGGCGGGGCUCCUCCGCAACUGUUACCCGAGGCGGGCUCUCCUUGCGACGCAGGUUCUCGUCCUCAUGCAAAACCCUUUUCCGCCUGUAUAUUCUUGGUAUCCAUAUAUAUGGCUGCUCUAUCAGAGCCAUUCCAUCCUUUGAUUUAGGAGGCGACCGUCGGUAAUCUCCUCUCGGAUUUACCAUAAUCUUGAAAGAUCUGGUAUUCCCUCUGGUAGAAAGGCGCAGAGAGAGAUCUCGGGAGGUGUGGAUGCAAGAUUUGGUGGAGUAAUUAGCCUCUGUUUCUCUUCUCUCGGCCCUCCUGUUGUGCCUGCCUGAAAGGACCCCAUCAUCCAUCCUAACCAACCCCUUCUGCUCAAAGUUUUCCACCAUUUCCUAGAUUUGCUGUUAGAUCGGAUCUGUGAAGUGGAGGUUGCUGGAUUCGAGUGCUGAGUAAUCUCUGGGGGAAUUUACGUGCUUUGCUUUCUACUUCUGUGGUCCUUGGUAAGGAGCCUGCUAUCCCUGCCCUUCUCCCCUUCACAGGCUGUAAGCUUUCCACAUUGGGGAGCAGAAGCGACGUUCUCUCUGUUCCGUGCUGCUCUGUCAAUCCUCCUGUCCCUACAAAUAGUGAUCUCUGUGAGACAAACGUCGAAAUUAAGGCUGUUUGUCUCUGUUUCUGCAUCAAAAUUCCGAAUCCGAAACGAAUGUAGCUCUCAUUUCUUGAUCACAAUGAACGCCUAGAACCGUUGUUCUACUCAUUUCUUGAUCAUCGCAUGCCUUCUGCAACCAUAGUUUGAUGAUGAGCUUUUCAUCCUUAAACUGUGAGAAAUUAGGGCAUGAUAUGUUGCUGUAUCAUCCAACUGUAAGAACUCAAUAAGUUUUGAUUUGAUCAUAUGAUUCGAAGAGAAAAAAAGGAAAAUAUUCUAUAAUUAUAAUUAAGUCACCAUUAUUAUUUGUUUUCGUUGGACACAACAAGAAUUUUCAUUAUGAAAUGAUAUCAGAAGGUUUUGAUAUCGUUGUGGAAAUUCCUUUUUCUCUGCGAUUAGUAUCUUCUUUCAAAGAAAAAAAGGAAAUAGAGCUUUGGAGGUCACAACUGGAGGACUGAAUCAUGCCUCUGUUGGCAGAACCUGUUAACAGAGCCAGAAUUGAGGAUAGUUGUAUUUCUCAUUGAUGUGAAUAAUAACUUCAGGGCCAGCAGGAUGAUCCUCUAUGGGGUUUAUCUCGCACACUAGGAGAUCACCAAGCUUCAUAUGUGUUGGCAAUGAUCAGAUAAAUUGAAGAUGAACCAUUUGACUGAUUAGACUGCAAAAUCGCUGUUACAAGACAAUCGCCAAGAUGACUGUUGGAGGAUUGAAGAGGGCAAUGGACAGCUUUGAUAGAAACCAAUCGGCUGUUCUUGGGAAUGGAAGAUCAUGAUAUAGCAUCUGUCUGCCUAUGAGCUUUUCUACCAUCAAAAGCUAGGAGUUUCUGAUAGAAUCUUAUUAUGUUUUUAUAUUUAGCCAGACGAUUAGAGCUCAAAAUCGGUUAAUUGGGUGAUGAUGGGUUUCUGAUAGAAUCUUAUUAUAUUUUUAUAUUUAGCCAGACGAUUAGAGCUCAAAAUCGGUUAAUUGGGUGAUGAUGGGUUUUUCUGCGGACCCAUCCUUCUCACUGGGGGAGUAGGGUGGCUAUUUAAUGAGCUCUAAGGGUCCUUGCCUCAACAUUCCCUUCUAAAUAUUCAUUCAAUCUUUAGAAGGACUAAGGGCUGCAUUUGAAGGAAAGAUCAUAAGAGAGGACUUUUGGCUUGGAGACCUACACUUUUCCCCUAACACUUGUUUUGAUUAUGGAUUCAGAGUUUGCUAGAGCAGCAUAGCGUACUGCAGCAGAAUGCUCUUCCUUCAAAGAUUAAAAUCUUUUUCUCCAAGUUCACAGAAUGCUGGCACCAUCUCGGCCUACCUCCCUCCAGGCCUGUACUGGGAUUUUUCAGUGGCUUGAAAAAUAACUCUCCAAAUUAUUUAUUGUGCAUUUGUCCACUACUGAUUGAACAAAUUAGUGAUGAUUAUAUGAUUCAUUACUUGAUUAUAUGAGGCAUUAGUCCUUUCUCCUUACCAUGCCUUCUUUAAGUAACAGACACUCGAUUUGGAUACUGGUCGUUUUUACAACCCUACAAUAGGACUGGUAGCAGCUGCUUCAUUUAUUCAUACCGUCAUCAUUUCUGUGAACAGUCUCUGUUCACAUCAGUCUAACGGAUACUCUGCCAUUCAGGUCUGUGCUUACGGGUUGUCACUGUCCCUUCCACCUCACAGCUUCUCAAAGGGUACGUGUAAAUAAUAAUAAAAUAUAUAUAUAUAUAUAUAUAUAUUUAGAUAUAUAUAGACAGGAGAGAAUAUAGGCAUGCAUUACGUGAAUCUUUGCCUUCAAGUCUACGUAUAACAGAAAUUUUGACGUUUUCUUUGUCUUGUUGCUUCAAUAUUUUUUUCUUUAUGUUGAUGAGGUUGUUGCCUUUUUCUUUUUUUUUAUAGGGAGAAGGAGAAAGUGUUCGGAUGGAAGUGACUCCGGGGAGGAGAGUUUGCCAAUGAAAGACCUGGCUCUUCAGAAAGCCCUAGAGCAGAUCACUGCUACAUUUGGAAAAGGAGCAAUAAUGUGGCUCGGUCGCAGUCCUGCCCGGCAGGAAAUUCCUGUUGUUUCAACAGGAUCUUUCGGACUGGACGUUGCUCUAGGAAUCGGUGGUCUUCCCAGGGUGAAAUUUUCUGCUUACUGUUCCCUUUCUUCAUGCCCCUAGAUCCAUUAGCUGCGAACUUCAGAAUUUAAAUUAUCUUUCAUUCCCCUUUAUACUGAAGUUAGCAACCAUGAAGAUAAACACACCCAAUUCUACUCUGUAGGAAUGUUUUUGUAUAUGGGUUGUUUCCAAUCUGAGGCUAUUGGGAUGUUUUGUGGACGUGGUCAAUCUCCCUACCGCAAUUUUAGGUGGGUGAAUUGGAUUGGAAUCUGCUGUACCAAUCCAUUUUCAGCUCAUCCUUGUCAUAUUUCAUUAUUUUCCAAGAAUUUGAAUGAAUGCUCAGAAGUUAUCCAUCUGAUGCUGCCCUUCUGGUGUGCAAUACUGAUAUUUCGUAACUUAGCCAUCUGAUGUCGGUCUUCUGGUGUGUGUGAUGAUUCCUUCCUGCUCCACUUCAAUGAGCGGUCAGUCCAUGUGGUCUGUCUCAGGGACGUGUUGUGGAAAUUUAUGGGCCAGAGGCUUCUGGGAAGACUACUCUUGCUCUCCACGUGAUAGCCGAAGCGCAGAAAAAUGGAGGUGACUGUGAUUAUUUUUUCCCUGCUUUCCCUCCACAUCCCCCAUCCCAUCAUCACCAUAACUUGUUGACGUGGCAUCAGUGCAAGAAUUUUGUGGGCCCGCAUCUGUUAAGUGUGGGGGAGUAGAAGAAGACAGAGUAGAGGGAGUGUCAUGUCGGCUAACCAUAGAGAGAUCACAAUGGAAAGGGCUCUUUGAUUAUGGAUGGGAGCUCGUUUUCUCUCUGUCACAUUGUAGCUCUUUUAUUCGCUGAUAUUCACUGGAUUAUGCUGAUCCCGUUAUACUGUUCCUUUUCUUUGAGGAAAAAUACCACUCUUUGUAUGGUGGGACUCGUUCUUGUUUCUGGCAGCAGUAAACACUAAAAUUUGAACGAUAAUCUCUCUUCCGGUGUGCAAUACCGCUGAUUAUUGUGCUUUUUUCUAAAAUCAUUCCUCCGUUGACUUACGGUGGUAGUUGGUUCUUGGGUGUUCACUUUAAUCUCCAUAUAAGAAAUCACUAAAGAUUGAUUAUCGUAAUUUUUUUUCCCCAAAAUCAUGUUUCUGUUGCUUUAUAUGGCCAUCUAUACUACUUCAUGCUUUUCAGAAUUGCUGCUGCAAGUUUUUCUUUUUGCCUUCUCCAUGUAGGUUAUUGCGCAUUUGUAGAUGCAGAGCAUGCCCUUGAUCCCUCCCUGGCUGAAGCAAUCGGCGUGCAAACAGACAGCUUGCUCCUCUCCCAGCCCGACUGUGGUGAGCAGGCACUCAGCAUUGUGGACACGCUUGUUCGAAGCGGAUCGGUUGACGUUAUUGUGGUUGACAGUGUAAGUGGAAUUCCAAUUUGAGAUCUUUUCCGCUGCCUUCAAGUGCUUCAAUUCCACGGAUUCGCAGGCUUCGAGAGAACCCAAAAAGAUGGUCUGCAUCUUCUACUUCUGGCCCCCAUGAGAGCUGAUAGAUUAAGGUUGCAUUCAUAGAAAAUAUUCAAAGAAUAUUGCAGGCAAAUAAAUAUUCAAAGAUAAUAGCGGGGAUAUAAAUAUUUUAAGAAGUUGUGUGCGUAUAAAUAUUGAAAGAAUAUUGUAUGGAUAUGAGUUUCAGGGUCAAAGUGAUGCCAGAUGAAGAUCACUGUUUAGUAGAUGUAUUUCUUGACAUGGAAUGAUGUUGCCGUGUGGAUCAGAGAUGCUCUCCGGAGCCUUGUAGAAUGUAUGAAUUAGAUUGAAUAUUUGAGGGUCCAAUCAAUUUGUCUAGGUAGCAGCGCUUGUUCCCAAGGCUGAGCUCGAUGGGGAGAUGGGGGAUUCCCACGUGGCACUUCAAGCGCGGCUGAUGAGCCAGGCUCUGCGCAGGCUGAGCCAUUCCUUGUCUCUGUCGCAGACUCUCUUGGUGUUCAUCAAUCAGGCAAGCUAGCUUUUCUUUUCUUUUUUUUCUUAUUUAUUCGAUGGAUUUUUAUGGCUGUACUUGUUAUGGCUCUUCCUCGAGGUGUUGACUUCACAAUAAUGGGUUCCUCUUUUUUCUUUUUUACUCUUCUUGUUUUGCAUUGAAUGAUUUCGCUUGCUCUAUGUGGGUGGCGUUGACUACGUUGUGUGUGAAAAGUAUAAGCUUUUGGGACCUCUUUUCCUCUUGCAGGUUCGGAUGAAAGUCAACGUGUUCAGCGGAGGAUUCGGGGCGCCGACCGAGGUCACCUCCGGCGGCAACGCCCUGAAGUUUUAUGCAUCCGUCCGCUUGAACAUCAGAAGGAUCGGCCUCGUCAGACGAGGGGAAGAGGUGAUAAUCGAUAGCCUCUGAUUCAUCCGAUCUGCAUUGCCGAGGAAUGCGUCUCUGAUUGACCCGCAUCCAUCAAGAUUAGAUAAAAAUGGCAAUGUGGGUUGAAGAAGGUGAUGGUAUAAACCGGGGUGCCCACAUCUGGUGCGGCGAGUCCUUGCUGGGGAUUCUGACUGAUUUACUUGCCUUGCUGCGCCAGACGACGGGCUGCGAGGUGCUGGUGAAGGUGGUGAAGAACAAGCACGCGCCGCCGUUCAAGACAGCGCAGUUUGAGCUGAAAUUCGGCAGGGGAAUCUGCCGCCAAUCCGAGAUCAUAGAGCUCGCCUGCAAGCACCGGCUCAUCGCCAGAGCCGGCGGCACAAACUACAGUCUGGAUGGCCGAUGCUUCCGGGGGAGAGACGCCAUUAAGCGGCACCUCGCCGCCAACGACGGCGUCCGAAGAGAGCUCGAGGCCAAACUCAGGGAGAGGAUAAUCCAGCCGCCAGGCACGAGCCGCUGCGAUGAAUCCGACUCCGACGAUCCCUCGGGGGAAGGGUCGUAG